ACCUGCGCCUCAGAUGUAUCGGAAGUGGACGAAUUUGCGCUGGCGUGGAAGUCUGAUCAAUGGGGGUUCGGUAACUGUUCUGCAAAUGGUGAAGAGCAGCUUUUCAGCUUUGAGAAAAAGCUCCUGGCAAGCAAACAAUUAUUGUGCCGACCAGCGCUGCCUUCCCUGACCCCAACCUACGCCAAGACGCCGGUGGAGCAAACAUACGUCAGCUUGGCAACUCUGCUCAUUUGACGACAGCAGAUUCGACUACCGCGGCAGAAGACAAAAUGGGAGCCGGGCCCGUGAUAGGGGGCGUGGUUGGGGCACUCGUGCUUGUUGGUUUGGUGCUCACGGCUUUGGCCUUCUUCAGGACGAGGCGAGGGUCAAAUCCUUCGCUUUGCUCCCCUGCCCUGACAAAGUUACUGGAGUGUACACUUGGCGAGGCUGGUGCUGGGAACACACAACUUGCAGACGUCACCGCCGAACCUAACCGUCAUCAAAACACCCACAAUAUCCAUUUGAGGCCCAGAGAAACUGCUGGAGAUAAUACACGUUCCAACUCAUUUGUUCCUUUGCAUAAACGGGUUGGAAAUAAAUCGUGUCAGAGACAAAAUCAUCACAGUUUUGAAGUUCAUAAAGACUGCAUACAUACAGAGUGUCAUCAGUUUGACCAUGAAAGUACUGAGCUUGACGAGAAGUUCAGAGAAACAUUGUCUCUUGAUGAUACUUCCCCUCAUUAUUCCCUACCGAGCUACCUUAGAUCAGAUUAUCGCCCGCAAUCAUCACUUGCGGAGGAUAUUUCAGAUUUGCAACUUUCUACAGGUGAUAGCUCUUCAGAUCUUACUCAUUUUCGAGUAGAAGCUAUUAUUCCUCCAAGACCAUUCAGAAGCAAAGGUCCUCGUUCUCGCGUGUUCUACCAGACUGAUAUUAAUGAUUUCCCUCCUCAUACGCGACAACAACCAAAGAACUCCGAGCAGGAAGAGCAAGUAGAUUCCGGUCUGUGGCAUGGAGUUGCCGUUCGGACAAGUGUUCACCCACAAAACAGUAAUCAAACGAGAUUCUUCGAUGAAGCUGAUCCACAGUCUCAAGAUAUUAGACCAAGUGCGUACAUUUCUCCGGCCUGUGCCGAGUCUGACCCCGAUUCUACUCGGAUUAAAUUUCUUCAAGAUACGUGUGAGCCAGAAUAUCCUUCAUCUGGAUUUUACUCUAUAGGUGACUAUCACAGAUCCUACAGUUUGGACAGUCAGCAUUCGCGGGUCGGGAAUAUUCCUAGCGAAGAAAACGAUUGUAUCAGUGUCAACACUGCUCUCCUGGAUGAAGAAUUCGCGAAGAUCAAUCAACUCUACGAGGCGAAGACUGCACAACCUAUACCAUCAACGUCAUGUUCGAACAGCCGAGAAUGCAUCAGCCUUGAUAGGAUAUCUGUUUAAUCUAAUUAAUUAUGUGAACCUCACUUAACCUGUUGCUAUCAUAUUAUUGUUGAGCCUUUGACUCCACUGGUACGGUAUGCAGACAUUGCAAUUCCGUCAAACUGAAAGCUCAACCUUGUGUGUUAUGUUGUCAUUGUACAUUGGCAUGGUAUUGAACGUCCUGGUUAUCACCAAAUUCUGUUGUUGACUGAAGCCACGACACAGCUUCCUACUUUUAUUGGCUGUAUCGUGUAUGGUUAUCAGCAAGAGUACAUUUUCGUUAUGUUUUUUUUUAUACUUAACACUUUUCCAGGACAAUUUAUGUUCACAUACUGGAUCCAGUGAGAGGCGCGAUUUUUAAAACAUUACCGACCAAGAUGGAAUGAAGUGGAUCUAAAGCCGUAACCCCUUCACUGCCAGGUCCGAGACUUGAAAGGUGGAGCAAGUCUGGGAGUAAACGUGCAUGCCUGCGUUUCAUGAACCUCAGUUUAUAGGUAUGGGGUUGUGUGAGGUGCACGAUGUUGAUUUGUUUCAAUUUGUAGUCUAACCAAAGGCCCAAGACAGUCCCGGACAAGGCAGUGAAGGAGUUUAACUUACCUCUUCAAACAAGUUUGGGCAGAAGUACUGGUAUGUUUGUUUCAGGGAAUAGAAUAAUAAAUAAAACGUCCCCAUUAGGGCCGGCGUCAACAUAAAUAUUAAAGCUGACAUAGCUGAAGACGCGUAUUAUCGGAAUGAAGUAUCUCAUAUACAUUAAUGAUGUUCUUUAGUUCCUGACUCUUUAAUUGGUCUUACAGGCAAUGUCAUGGACCGAGUGUAUUGUCAUUAAUUGAAAUUCGCAGGACACAACACAAAAUUAAGAUGUGCGUGUAUUAAUUUAGAUGUAUAGACCGUGAUUUGUGUGUGUGUGGAUGUGUGUGUGUGUGUAUGUGUGUGUGUGUGUGUGUGUGUGUGUGUGUGUGUGUGUGCUCUCGCGCAUCUGCGGGUGAAUGGAAGUGUGGCUAUGUGUAAUACAUGUAGUAUGUGUACGAGUGUGUGCGUGCACGCGAACGAAUGUAUGCUCGUGAGAAGAGGAAGUAAUGUAAGACCCCCCCCCCCCAAACAACACCAACAACAAAAACAACAACAAACGUUGGAAGAAACAUUACACCGUAAUAAAAAUGCUGAAAUACCAAGAACUCGUCUUCAAAUUUGACAUUUUAUUUCAAUCAUAAGAACAACCGGUCAUAGAAUCAAUACAU